AAAUACUGAUAAUAAUAUAUCAGAAGAGCAUGAAAGCAAUACACACUGAAUAAUACAAAGCUUGUUGCCAUAUAGCCAGCCCAUAAAUCAAUGUUGAAAUUAUUUGGUACUCCAAAAGUAGAAACACCUCCAGAUCUUGAUAAUUUAAACCUUGAAUGUUUCUAUACUUCUAAAGAGUUUGAGUAUAUCAACAACCAGCUGAAAAAUAAUAUUUUGAAAAUUAAUGGACAUCCUGUUAACCUAUUUGAGCUUGACAAAAACAGAAAAUUAAUACCCAUGUUACAAAUACCGUACUGUAAAGAACAAGUGGUUGCAGAAAUUGCUGCUCAACUUCGUAAUUGGAACAUACAAACUCGACAAGGUGUUGAAGUUACUAUAUCACAGGUCCUUCAGCUGACUAAUGAACAGGCUUGGUCCUUCCAGAGUGCUUUAUUCACCCCUAUAUUUCUUGUUGAAGUUGCUGAUAUCGGAGUAGAUACAGAUAAUCCAAAAUUCAGAGAAGUUGAUAAAAGAUUUAAAGAAAAACUCAUAACACAAAGUAUGGUAGUCCAACUUGGCUGGCUAAUCGAUCCUCAACAUAAGCAAAUUUACAUAUAUAGGAAAGGUAGAAGAUGUAGUAAUCCUGGAUGGAAAGAUAUUAGCGGUGAAAAUAUUUUGCCAGGUUUUGUAUUGGAUAUAUCUUUAAUUAAUAGAAUUAUUGAUCCAAUACUACCAGCACCUUCAAGACUUUCUCAAGUUCAAGCCAAUUGUCCUUAUUGUAAUAAUGCUUUCAAUAAUAUUUAUGAACUCAUAAAACAUCUUGAAAGUGUUCACUGUUAA